UCAAUGGAAACACAACUAGUGUUGUUACUUUUUCCUGAUGUUUUCACAAUAAAAAUCUGUUCAGAUUUAGCCAAAUUUGCCCAAUAUCUGCUUUUAACUCUAAGUAAUUGGACAGAUUUGACCCUACUUACUAUGAAAGAAAACAACAAAUACUUUCUUACAUUUCCCAUUGUAAAAAUUGGUAAUAAUUUUGCCCUUAAUUACAAAAAAGAUGUUUGUAUCAAUAUUCUGCGCUGGCAGGGCCAAGUUUGAGUGACUCUUCAUUUCCAAUCCCGGGAUGCAAAAAAUCUGUCAGGAGGCCACAAAUGGCCCCUGAGCCUCACUUUUGAACACUCCUUAUAUAGAGAGUUAGUUAGUUAACGAUGUGUUGCCACAAGAGGGCGACACCACUUAAAGUUUUCUUUACGUUAACUAUGUUUAUAUGUCGCUGUCUACACACAAAGACAGAAUCAACUAAAGACUUACAGCAACUCCUACAUCCCACGCGCCAACUUCGUCACGUCACACAUUUUCCGACAGUCUGUUGAAUACCAUGUACUCUACUUCCCUCACUGUUUGGUUGUGAGCUCGUUGUUGUUGAUUGAAUGGGGAUUUAAAUAAAGCGUGGAAAAGACCGUGCGCGCGCGCGCGACCUCGUUGGCUCGGCCCCCCCGGGUUGAACUUUGAACCUCAUCCACCUCAGGGAGCAGCGACUCAUCCUACCGAGCUGCUCAAACCGCACGAGGAGCGAAAUAAAGUCAUCACGAGAGAAGGAGUGGGGUUGUGUGGGGGGGAAACCUCAGCAAAACCAGAUGGCUCAAACUCCACGGACGUCGUGAUUUUUUUUUUUUUACCCGGCUGAUUUAAAUGCUCUCGCGGCGGCUGUUGUAGUGGGUUUUUAUUCUCGGGAGAAAACCUGCCCUCUGGAAAAACAAGCCAACAAAAAGUGGAGAUGUUUGACGUGAAAUGGCUCGCCGCGUGCGCGCUGGCUCUGAGUGCGGUCACGCACGGCGCUGAGGUGGCUGGGCGGAAUGGACAGGGAUUUCUGGAGAAUAUUUUACACUUUUACGGUGAGAAUAAAUCAAUUACCACAGCGAAGCUUGAAGAUAUGCUGCUGUUGAUCUCAGCCAGGAGGUCUGAGUCAAUAAGUGAAGGAAAUCCGCUGGAAAGCAAAGAGUGUCCCUCAGCGGAGCAGAUUCUGUCCCAUUUUGGCUUCAGUAACGUCACUGAGCUGACCGUGGAACACCUGGGGCGGAUCUGUCCCGCCGUGUUGACCCAGGUGCUGCUGCCCUCCUGCCCCUACGUCAACCCGAUAACUGUGCCCUCCGUCGACUACUCUGUGUGGGGUUAUGGAUUUCUGGCUGUUACCAUCAUCAACCUGGCGUCCCUUCUUGGUCUGCUGCUGAUCCCCUUCACCAAGAAGCCUUAUUUCCCUCAAGUGUUGACUUACUUUAUAGGCCUCGCCAUCGGGACUCUCUUUUCCAAUGCUGUGCUUCAGCUCAUACCAGAGGCUCUGGGUUUUGAUCCUAAAGCAGAUGACUACGUGGCAAAGGCAGUUGGCAUAUUUGGAGGAUUUUACCUUUUAUUUUUUGUGGAAAAAAUACUGAAAAUGUUUCUCGGGAUUGGCCUCGAGCACGGCCACAGCCACUUCACUCCCGUGGACCCGCCUCAGGAAAACAGCGUCCAGAACGGAGACGCUCGGGUGAAAAGCGACUCUGUGGUGUUGACCAACAUCGCCACCGUUUCUACGGAUAAGAGCGGUCCGGCUGUCGAGCCCCAACAGGACGCCCAGGUGUCGGAAGUGACGUGUCACUGGCUGCGCGGGAAGCGCAUCGCCAGCAUCAAGACGGUGGCCUGGAUGAUAUCUCUGAGCGACGCCGUGCACAACUUCAUCGACGGCCUGGUCAUCGGCGCGUCGUUCACCGUGUCCGUUCUGACGGGGUUCAGCACGUCCACCGCCAUCGUUUGUGAGGAGUUUCCCCAUGAGCUGGGCGACUUUGUUAUCCUGCUGAAUGCUGGAAUGAGCGUCCCGCAGGCCGUUUUCUUCAACCUGCUGUCGGCAAUGUCCUGUUAUGUCGGCCUCGUGUUCGGCAUCCUGCUUGGAAACAGCUUUGCCCCGAAUCCUAUCUUUGCCAUCGCGGGAGGAAUGUUCCUGUAUAUUGCACUAGCAGACAUGUUUCCAGAAAUGGACAGUAUAGCAAAGGAGCAGCAAAAAACUUCAAGCAAGAUCGUUUUCUUUCUGAUCCAGAAUGCCGGGCUGCUCACCGGCUUCGCCAUCAUUCUGCUGAUCACCAGGUUCGCUGGGAGCAUCAACCUGGGAUAGGAGAGGAAAACAGAAAUCUUCACACGGUGCCUUUAUUUUUGUUUCUGCUCACACACAGGUUGGAGUGAGUGUGAACGUAAAAUGAAUGUCUGUACAAACUAAACCAAGUGUUGAUUGGUUCAAAACUGAGCUUUUAUACCUUUUUUUUUUUGGGACUAUCAAUCUAGUGGAAUGUUUUCUCCAUAAGAAGGGAACUUUUAUACAAUCAUGUAAAAAAGAAAAAAAAAUCAAGAACAUUUAUCUUAAAGAAACAAUAAAUUAUUUUUAGUCUUCAAAUGUGAAAUGGUUUGCAUUUACCUAAUGUGUGCUGUGUACAAUUUAUUAAAUACUGAUGAUUUUUAGCUCUGCUUCAUACAGUUUUUUAAACUCUAUUCUGAAACAA